UAUUAAGUUACAACCUCUCAUACAGUCACAAUUUAUUAUUUUCACUCACGAGAAGCUCCAGCAAUUCCCUUGAUUCAUCAGAAUUACUUGAACCAGUACCGACCACGGUCCCAGCUGCUACAGCUAGCAUGAUCUUCAUUUGAAGUGCUGGAAAGGCACGGUAGCCUCGUCUGAAGAUGUCGUUGGCCGAAGCGGAGGGGCAAACGGGCCCGUUUGUCUUGCGGACUUUACUGGAUGAUGUGCCACUCUCUGCUGAUGGCGAUCGCGACGAUAUUGAGAUAAGGUGUGUGGAGUUCUUGGGUACGUCGGUACGGUCAUGGUCGAGAUAUAAAGUCACCAGCUAAUCAGUUUGCGCCAGACCAAAACCUAUACGUAGGCACAUCGGCGUCGGAACUCCUCCACUUCGUACAAAUUCCACCCGAUCCCAACGAUUCUUUGGGACAGCCCUCCUAUAUAUUAGCUUCUAGGCUUCUCCCUGCCUACCAUGAGUCCUCCAACCCCCGCAGACCAGGCGUCCAACAAAUCCUACUUCUUGCCCAAGUUAAUAAGGCUUGCAUAUUAUGUAACUGGACGGUGACAUUUUACUCUCUACCGGAACUUAGCCCGGUAUUUGGAACUACGCAGAUACGGCCAUGCAAUUGGAUUGGAGGAAUAGACUUAAAUACAGACCUCACGGGGCGUCAGCGGGACGGGAAUCCUCCUUCAGUUACCGUUCUAGUUUCACUGAACAGAAAGAUGAGAGUCAUCAGAAUUGGGGAAGAUGCCAGGCCAGUCAGGGUGAUACGUCCAUUUUAUACAUACAUGUGAUUGCCAAGCUGAUAUUUCUAGGUGAUUGACUUUCCGGCGGGAACUAUUUCUGUUCGGCGAGAAUCUUUUGCGUGUGUAGCAAACUCACAUUCUUAUGCUCUUUUAGAUGUAGAACGGUUGUUGAAGAUACCGUUGUUUCCCAUAUCUUCAUUGGAUAACUCUCACUCCGAGGGCGUCAGUGGCCGAGUAGAAGACAUAUCCGGAGGUGGAAAUGGCGGCAUCUCAAGAAGUACCUCUUCUGCACAGUCGACUCAUUCAUCAGCGCCAGCUGAAGUCCGAGGGCACAACAGAAGCACCAGUCUCGGUGCCUUUAUCAGUGGCGCUGGGAUAGGCAGGCAUAGCCAAGGUAGGAGUAUCGAUCGCACUGGACGAGAAACCCCUGAAGGGCUCUUUCGGGAGUCAUCGCCAGCUCCAACAGCAAGUCCCUUGAGAAAUCCGCCCCGAGAUCCAAGCCCUGGGUCUAAUAAGGCUCUUCCACCACCUCCAAGUGAUGCAUCUACUGACUUAGCCCCCAUCCCGCCAAGUACUGCUGCACCUCCGCCUGUGCCCACUCCUGUCUACCUUAAGCCGCAUAUUGCAUCGCCAACCCCCCAGGAGUUUUUGUUAGUCACUGGAACGGGUCCGCGAGAUCCAGGUGUUGGCAUGUUUGUAAGUCUCGAAGGCGAGGUUACACGACCCACGGUGGAGUUUGAAGUAUACCCAGAAGAGGUUGUAGUAGAUGGACGCGGGGUCGGGGUAGAUCCGACUCCCAUUACCAGCGAAGAGGAAGAGGAAGGCUAUGUCAUUGCUUCCCUUUCACGAGAAUUUGGUGAAGAGUUGCGCCACGGACUCGAAAUUCAGCGUUGGGAUCUCAAUUCUGGAGAAGACGGUGUUGAGAAACACUGGUUGGAAGCGCCACCCAAAGGCAAUACCGAGAAAGGGUUCUCAUCUCGCAUAGGUAUCCGCUCAGUGGUUGAUACAAACAACGUGUCUUUCGCUGAAUUAACCGAAAAACUUCGUUUAAAACGCUUCCGCCCAUUUACAGCAACAUCUACCAGUGCUUCUACCUUGUCGUUGCAGAGUCUGGAUUCUCGCACAGCAAGCUCUCUCGAGCGUGUUUCUGGAGAGAGAGAGCUAUUCGAAAGCGGUGACUCCCUCCCCAAAGGAUGGGAAAAUGAUCGAAACAAAGAGGAGUUGCACUUUGCUCAAAGGCUAGGCAACUCCCAAAGUCGCAUCGCAGCUUGGUCUGGUACAACAAUUUGGUGGGCGGUUCGCAAUCCCUUGGCUCUGCGUUUGGAUGCAGCUUUGGAUCGCUUACUCUUAGGCAACUCUUCAAGUGCGUCAAAAUAUCGAUCCCUUGACAGGCAAAACGCCAUCACGUUGAUCAACUCAUUACGUGGCCGCGAGGCAAGGACCGAGACUGAAUUCGUUAGUCUUGGCUAUGUGAAGCAACGGGCUGGCCUGAUUCUUUUCAUGAGUCUUCUUGAGUCUAACCCUGACCAGCACAAAGCAUAUGAGUACGAAGUAUGCGAAGAGGCUCUUCUUGAUGGGAGUCUAGAUCCACGUGUGAUUCUGUCGAUCAUUCCAUCUUUGCGCAACGAAAUGGUGGAGGGCAAAACUGGAAUAUGGAUCAACGGCGGUAUCCGGGAUGUCGCUGAAGGAUAUAUCAAUAGGGUCGACUCGGGACCACCAGAGUCAUCCAGUUCAAAUGCCAUUCCUGUCGAGAUUCUUCUCUUUCUAGGCAGAUUUUUAUCCGCUUGGCGAAAGAAGAAGGGAUUUGGAAGCAUAGCGAAUGAACAAGAGGUAUCUCGCAGUGUCGAUGCUUCUCUGUUACUUGUCCUCUUACAGCUAGACAUGACCUCCAAUGAAGACCCCUCGAGCCGCAGAUCAACUAGAGCUGAUUUGUACGAUUUGGUUGAUCAUGGAGUAGAUUGUUUUGAGAGAGCAGUCUCACUCUUGGAGUCCCAUAGGCGUCUCUUUGUGCUUAGUCGUUUAUAUCAAAGCCGCAAAAUGGCAGGUGAUGUGUUGAAAACAUGGCGUCGAAUUGUUGAGGGUGGAGGUGACCAGGGAGGCGAGUUUAGAGAUGGUGAAGUGAGGGUCCGAGAAUAUCUUCUGAAAGUCCGCAGUCCAGCUUUAGUCCAAGAAUACGGUGUUUGGCUAGCCACACGAAAUCCAACACUUGGAGUCCAGGUUUUCGCCGAGGACAGGAACUACGUAAAAUUUGAACCAGCUCAGGUUGUCCAAAUCUUGCGAGAAGGUGCGCCUGGAGCCGUGAAGACAUACCUCGAAUAUUUGGUCUUCAGCAAACACCAUUCGGAGUAUAUCAACGAGCUGAUAGCAUAUUAUCUAGAUGUUGUCAUCAAGAAGCUUGAGGAAUCACCAGAGGCACGAAACAUAUUGAUUCAGACAUAUGAAUCGUACCGUGCUCUACAACCCCCGAAGCCUACCUACAGGCAAUUCAUUACUGACAAUACAAUCGACGCGGAUUGGUGGCAGAGCCGACUUCGACUACUUCAACUCCUUGGUGGAAGUCAGGGAUCUGCAUCACAGUACGACGUUGCCGCUAUUCUCGAGCGGAUAGCUCCCUUUACCAAAGAGCUUGUGCCCGAGGUCAUCAUUCUCGACGGCCGACAAUCUCAUCAUGAGGAAGCUUUGCGUCUUUUGACCCAUGGAUUGGGAGAUUAUGACACGGCGAUUAAUUACUGUCUCCUAGGCGGAUCGAGUAUUUACCACCCGACAUCUGGCACCAUAGCUCGCGAGCAACUACCAUCUUGGGGGGAACAAUCAAAACUAUUUGGCUACUUACUCUCAGAGUUCCUCCGCAUUGAUAACAUCAGUGAUCGCGUGGAGCAGACCAGUAAUCUUCUGGAACGAUUUGGUGGAUGGUUUGAGGUUGCUCAUGUGCUCAGUUUGAUACCAGAUACCUGGUCUGUGGAUUUGGUCUCUGAGUUCCUUAUUAGUGCCCUAAGAAGAAUUGUUAGGGAGAGGCAUGAGACUAUGAUUGCUAAGGCGCUGAGUGGCGCGGAGAACUUAAGUGUCUCUGCUGGACUUAUUAAGGAGAGGGAGAGGGUCGGUCCUUCUGUAGAGACGUAGGGGUUUUAUGUGAUCACUAGGUAUCUGGCCUUUUGGUUGCCUUGUAUAUAAUCUGAUAAUGAAGAAUGUGAACAAAAAA